CUCGACCAGACCACUUACAGAGCAUUGCAGGCCCUUGGAAGCAAGUCUGCUGUGUGGAGGAAGUGUACCGCCUCACUGCUGCCUUGCCGAGCCCCUAAUUCUCUACUGCCUAAACAACAACACAGCAAAACUCGCCAGGCCAUGUAAGGAGAGUGCUGAGAUGAGGAACCUGAUGAAAAGAGAAAAAGGGAAAGAGAGAGAGAGAGAGAGACCUUGAAGGGGACUGUAUAACCCAUUGAGUACUCGUGAACCAGCCCCUUUCCAGUCCCGUAGAGCCGCCCACCACAACGGCUCUCACAACACAAUGAACUCUCCAGGGCCCAGAUGAAAACCACGAGCUUCCUUCACCUUAAUACUCAUCCGGACAACAAUUAAUUUAUCAGCUCAACAUUAUUUCUUAAGCAACAAGUGAUGGCAUGCCACUCUGAGAUGUUACCUUCCCUUCCUGCAUCCCAAAGUCACCAGAACAAUGGAAGUGUCACCCACCACCAUAACCAGACAAUGGGAGUUGGGCGCCUCAGCCGGACAGUCCAGCGCACCUACAUCGGGAGGCGGUCCGGGUGCUCCCAGCCUGUCUUCAUCCUCCUCUUGGUCCUGUCAGCCUUUGUCUUCAUCUUCUUUCAGAUGGCCAACUUAAUUCCUCGAAAGCCAAGGUGGAAAGGCUGCUUGGCUCCACUAUUUGCUUGGGCCUCCAGUGCAGAGCGAGACAUUGCUGUGUACGUGAGGCCUGACCGUCCCACAGCACUCCUCCAACCCACCAAGCUGUGUGAAGACCCACCCUUUGUCAUCAUCAUGAUUCCCAGUGCUGUAAACCACAGCCUGGAGAGAGACAUAAUCAGGAGGACAUGGGGACAAUGGGCUGGCAGUGACCUCUCUCUUGUCCUUGCCAGUGAUACCCAACCACCACAAAGGAACAACAAGACCACCAAAAAGCACCUCAAUGUGCUGACAGCACAUGCUCCACCUCCCAGGAAAGCCAAGAUGGUGUUCUUGCUGGGGAGGACUGCUGGGGACAAUCCAAUCAGCAGCUCAGUUAUAGAGGAAAGCCGCCGGUUUGGUGAUGUGUUGGUGGAGGACUUUGUAGACUCUUACACUAAUCUCACCCUCAAGACAGUGUUCAUGCUCAAGUGGGUUCAGCAGCACUGCCCCAAGGCUCAGUAUGUCAUGAAGGUGGAUGAUGACAUAUUCCUCAAUGUUCCUAACCUGCAGUACAGUCUCCUCAACAAGACAGCCACCACGUCCUACCUGGCCGGCACCCUCAUCUGUGGGGCGCGGCCUAUCCACAACCAGUGGUCCAAGUGGUACACGCCGCGCUACAUGUUUCGAGAGGGCAAGUACCCAAACUAUCUCUCUGGCACAGGCUAUGUCAUGUCUGGGGACCUGGUCAAGCCUCUCCUGGAUACUGCAGUGAGUACACCUUAUUUCCACCUGGAAGAUGUCUUCCUGACUGGAAUUUGUGCUAAAAAGAUUGGAGUUCGCCCAUCUGAUAACAUAGGGUUUAGCUACCAGCCCCGGGGUAACAGUCCCUGUGUGUUCAAGGAGGUGAUAAUGGGUCAUGAGGUUGUUCCUCUGGAAAUGGCAAGACUAUGGAAUAUGUUGAAUCAACCAAGUAUUCUUGCAAAAUGUAACCCUUUGAAGAAAUCUCAGAUUAGAAGUUAUUUUCCAACUAAAUGUAGCUGGAGCUGAAACUUUUUGCAAGGCUCAUUAUUGUUGAAGUCGCUGAAUGUUUCAGCAAUAUAUUUAUAUUUCAUCACAAUAUUUACUUGUACUUAAUAUGCUAUUCUCAAGAAAAAGGAUAUUUUUAAAUAUUGCUAGACAUCAAGUAUUGGCCUUGAAGCAUUAGAGCAUCUAGCAUUUGCUGCUUUCUCAGUGCAAAAGUAGAUUUGUACAAGAUCUUCAGAUAUUCAUUCUUUGUUCGUAUCACCUCUGCAGUUUAAAAGUACUAAAAUGACAGAGACCUCCCUUAUUAACUGUGACUCAGCUUCUUUCAUAACACACAGCUGCCCAUCCUUGAAAAUAUGCAUUUUUUUGACACAUGAAGCCCUAUCCACCACGCUAUUGUAAAUCCUCAGCGCAAACCACUACAGUACCUUACAUUCUCCUUACAUACUCAUCCUUGCCCAGUAAACACUCACAGAUCCUGUUAAUAUUCAGACACUCAAUACACUCAAACCAUCAGUCUUAUUUUUCUGUGAAUGUGAGAGGUGAAGGUGUCAAGGCAGCAGCUGUUUAAAGGUUGAGGUCUUUGUUUCAUUUUGAUGGGAGGAAGAAUAAGAUUUUUAACUAUUAAUACAAAGUAGUUUAUGGCAAUCCUCCAUCUUGUGUGUGGAGAUUUAGGAUAAAAAGGUAGAAAACUAACUAGUUACAUAAAUAGUUUUAAUAUUUAUUCAGAUUUUUAUCCAAAGAGGCUGUGUACAUAGCUGAUAGCUUUUGCAGUGUUAUAAGUGCCAUUGUAUUCCCACACACCACAAGGCAAAUCGUAAUUCACUACAUUAUCUUGGUGGACGUCUGCACUACCAAGUUAUAGUGUAAGUAUUGAGUUACUCCACCAUCCUCAAUCAAAUCAUUGGUGAUAAACUGUAACUGUAAAGAUUCUCAUUGUGUUGAAUCUCAAUGAUACCUGAGCAAUCUGUGUCUGUGAUAAAUAUAUGAAGAGUUUAUUAUGAAGAGUUAUAUGAAGAGAGCUGUUCAGUAUCACAACACAAGCACCUAGUCACAAUGGCCUUGCUUUGUUGCUGACAUGUCCUAGUCUUUUUUUAUGCUAUGGCAGUCUGCCAAAAUUAUAUACUGCUGUGCAUUAUAUCAGUAUACAAUCAUGUAAUGUGCUAUAAGCCAUUUACAGAUAUAUGUAAAUACACUCACUCUAACACAAAAGUGUUAUGUGUUAGUGCCUCUGAGGCAGACCUUAUGGCCACAUUAUUUGUUGAGGGUCAGAUGAGCCCAUAGGGAAGUGAUCUGAGAGGUGAAGUGUUGUGGUUACCAGACGGGCAUUGGUUCAGGUACUGCAGCAUCACACCUUGUCCUCCCAUCACCCACACACCUGCAGGUUGUAGUGUUGGCUGGGAAUGUAACACUUGUUCACUUCACACAUUGUCAUCAUUGUUUUGAGAAGCUCUAUAAUGAGGUGCUGUGUGUUGUCUUUGUUCACUUUAUGGUAUAUACUCGUAUCUUCCAACUGUAUGGUCUCCAGCAGUCACCAGAUGGACAAGGUUGACACACAAACAUUUUGCCUCCCAAAAUGACAUAAAGAGUGAUGUGAACUUAGCAAUUGUUGUUACACAAGUUUAGCCUUGCAUAAAAACAGUUUCAGAGUUAGGCCUUCUUUUUCUUACUUAAGCCUCUUUUUUUUUAAUCUAUCAGUUUAAAUAUCUACCAGUCUGUCUAUGUCUAAUCUCUGUUUCUAAGAAUUGUGCCAGUGUGCAAGUGCCUGGUACUUGUUUUGAAAGGUGACUAACAUGUACAGAGCAAGGAGACUGGGAUCUUCUCUCUGUUAUUAACCCAGCAAUGGGACAAGGUGUGAUGUUUUGUCUCAGUUACCUGACUUUAAGGGAUAUGUUAACCAGUUAUAUAGAUUGGUAAAUCAAUCAAUCAAAAUAUAUAUAUAUAUAUAUAUAUAUAUA